AUGCCAUGCCGAUCGAAUUCGGCCACGGCGGCCAAUCUCACUGAAACUAGCCAACUGCUAAAGAGAUAUUAUAGUACAAAAGUGUUCGCGCAGUCACCAGCGCACUCUCAAUUUCUUUUGCUCUUCUAUGGGACGAUAAGACGACGGCGAUCAUACGGCUUUACGUGCCCUCCGAGGCACGGGAGUGAAACACGACGAGCUGUUACUGGGCCAAUAACUAAUUUUGCCCCGGGAUUCGAACCUGGGGCCUCCGGAUGUGCAACCGAAUAUGCUAACCACUACUACCGAGGCAGUUGUAAUAUAUCACACCACAGUGUAUAUACCAAUCUUAUAAUUUCUACU